UCAAUUUUAUCAAGAAAAAUGAGAUCGCGGUUCGGUCGACUUUAUCCUUCUCCUAUUUAUUUACAGUUUUAAUUUAUCUCUGCGUUGACUCUUAUAAUAAAUUAUUAAAUCUUUGCUCAGUGAUUGUAACUCCGAUUUACUUUGUUAAGGCUAUAGAAGUGUGGUGAUUUAUGUGAAUAUUAUGUGUUCUGUCGAAUAAGAGUUUUCCUUAGUUUUUUUUGCGCAAAUCAGGCGCCAGCAUGUCUGAUGAGUUAGAAGCCAGGAUGUGGGAUGACGGGGGCUCCAGGUACGAGUCCAGGAGCCGUGGACCGUAUUUCGAGUCUACGUUCGCGUCGUCAGAACAUUUAGACAGGGCUCCUUUGUUAUCAGAAGAAACCUACACAGACGUGCCGGUGACGCCAGCCGUCGAGGACGACCAGCAUUGCCACUGGAAGCCCAAAGCGGAGCCCCCCAGCGCCAUCCCGCAGUUGCUUUUGGCACUUGUGCUUUGUGGUUUCUUCAUGGUAUGCGAGCUGAUCGGGGGGUACCUAGCUGGCAGUCUGUCAGUGAUGUCCGACGCCGCGCACAUGCUGAGCGACUGCGGGGGCUUCGCCCUGGCGCUGCUGGCGUUCCACUGCGCGAAGAGGAAGCCCGACGUGCGCAUGUCUUACGGCUACAAACGCGCUGAGGUGCUCGGCGCCAUGGUGUCCGUCCUUCUAAUCUGGAUCCUGACAGGAGUGUUCGUGUACGUAGCGGUGAUGAGACUGCACACAGGACUGUACAACAUCGAGCCGGAUAUGAUGUUGAUCGUGUCCGGCUGCGGCGUCGCGUUCAACGUGGUGCUGGCGAUGGUGCUGCACGGCUGUGCCUCGGACAUCGCACACCACCAUACGCACGGCGGCGCCGCGUGCUCACACGCACACACACACGCGCACACCGAGUCGCGGUUCAAGCUGUUCCGGCGACGAGACAAACAGACAAACGGCGCGCUCGUCAACGGUGACUACAGCAUGAGGGACUUGCCCAGCACUGAGGCCAACGUCGUUGGCGCGCCUGACAGGAAUAUCAACCUUCGCGCCGCUCUCAUCCACGUUAUAGGAGAUCUGAUUCAGAGCUGUGGUGUCCUGUUAGCCUCUAUACUCAUUAAGUUCUACCCACAAGCGAAGUUCGUGGACCCGAUCUGCACGUUUGUGUUCAGCGUGCUCGUGCUGCUGACGUCAGCGCGCGUCGUGCGCGACGCGCUGGCGAUGCUCAUGCAGGCCGUGCCCGACAACUUUAGGUACAGGGAAUGCGUAUCUCUGCUGUCUUCGUUGCCGGGUGUGCGUCACGUUCACUCCUUGCACGUGUGGCUGCUGUCUACACACCAUGUUAUAUUGUCUGCGCACGUCGCUAUUGACGAGCUAACAGAUCCGGAACAAGUCCUCCGCGCGUGUCAGCAACUCGCCAAAAACGAGUUUGGGGUCCAAUCCGCUACGUUCCAGGUGGAGCGGUACUCCGCCAACAUGGCCGCCUGCCUCACCUGCAGAGACCAGCCCGCGCUGCUGCCCUGACAUCUCACCACGCUCACACACUAGAUGGUGGGGUCAUUGAAUAGAUUUUAGUAAGAAUGAGGUGAAAAAAAAUAUUGAUGGAGGACUGCAUGGAGACGGCUUAAAAUGUGGAAAAAAAUUUAAGACAAAGUUAUAAAGACGAGGCAGGCUUGAUUACCCACCGCCAAAAUGGACGUUGAAUUAAUAAAUUUUCUGUAUAUAAUUUAUUGUUAUUAAAAAUUGUUCGUAGUAUUUGCAUGUUUGCGCUCAAAAUUAGUUCCUUAUUCUUGACAUCACAAGCAUGAUUACACGAUAUUUUACCAAUUUUCUAACCUUUUGUUUUAUACCUUGUAUCUUUUAUUUUGAGAAUUAUUAUUUAUUUCCGUAUAUAUAUAUUUUUGUAUUCACAAGUAUAAAGUUUAUAUUUUUUUCGUAUUUUAUCGUUCUAGUAAUUAAUAUUAAAGAAAGUCAAAUUCAAUGUAUUAUUUUUUUACAGAUGAACACUUUUUGUUAUUUAUCUAAUAAUGUUUCGAUGUAGAAUUAAAUAUUGAAAAAUAUAAAAUAAAAAGUAAGUAUUAUAUUUGUGCCAAUUUGAUAAAUGUUGAGAUUGAUACAAUUUGUGGAUAUAUUAUCAAAAAAUAUGGACUUGGUUUUUGACAAAUAAAAUUAUAUUAUGUGUUAGUUGUAAGCAAAAAAUAGCCAAAAAAUUGUUUAAAAAAAUUAAAACUCAUGACUGAAGUUAAAAAAGCACAAUAUAAAUGUAAAAUUGAUUGUAUAUUAUAACUAAUUUGUAAGAUAUAAUUUGACGGAUGUGUUUUUUUUAAUGAACAACUUGUACUUAAUUAAAUUGUAAUACUUCAUUAAACUAAACAUCACAAUUAUAUACAAAGAGAUGAUGGUUGAGCAUUAUGACCUUUCAUUAUAAAAAGUUUUUGUCAUUUACACAUAAAUAGGGAAAAUAAAACGACUAUGUAGGUAUAAGUAAUUUAACCAUCCUUACGUUUAGGAAAUGUUAAUAUAUAAGAUGUUUCAAGUGAUGUUAUAUUUUAAAACAGGGUCUUGUAUAUUGAUGGUAAUUUUUUUGACUGUGAGGAAACUUAACUUGAGAUUUACUUGAGAAUUUUGAAACUAAUCUAUGGUAAACUUCAGUUUAGACUUUAGAUAGCAAAAAUAAAGAUAAGACACGUCUUAUAGUGCCAUUCCUCUAACAAAAGUUGGGAAGCGAUACGCGGGGCUGUGGCAGAUGAGUGGGGAAGCGGUACCGCGUAUAUUUGGCCUGUGCUUGGCGCCAAGUAGGUUUUUUAAUGACACCACAAGUUAAGCCGAAGAGGGACUAGAAUCAUUUUGUUCCUAAUUGCGAAGGUACGCAAAAUUUGUUGGACCAAUCUUGAUGGAAUUUGGUACAUGGAUAGCUUAACUGGUACUUUUUGCCUUUUCUUUCACAGGAGUUAAAAUGAUACCUAAUAUUGUCUAAACUGGGUUUAAAUAGACAAAUUCUUGAAUGUUCGAUGUAAUAAACAUAAUAUAUUCCUUAUUUAUUCUUACUCUAAUUACUGUGGCUUAUCCUGUUGCUAAAAUAUAAAACUAACAUCUGUAAUUGAAAAAAAAACCAUUUAAAAUCACUACAUUUAAUUAAAAUAAUUAAAAAUAAACAUAUUUUCUGGUUAUUUCUUCAUUACUUCACUAUUAUGCGGUAAAUCGUAUCCAACUGCAGUCACAGUAAUAAGAGAUCGUGUAUAUAAUAACAAUUAAUGCAAAUUAAGCGUAUUAUAAAUAAAAAGUAAUAUAUUCAUAGUCUUAAUACUUGUUUUGUUAUAACACUUGUUUUUAUGAAGUUUUUUGUUGAUAUUUUGCCCAUAUUUCUACAAAAAUAAUAUAUUUAAAACAAAAAUGUGUAAUGCAAGAAAAAAUAAUUAUUAUUGACUUGUAAUAUGAAAGUAUGGUCAGCACCUACCGAUGUCACAAAAAAAAAUACAUAAUUUUGAAAUGUAUUCGCGGUAUUUAUCUAGGUACUUAUGUUGCUAAUUGAAGACUUAAUGCAAAUGAAAAUUAUAUGUUUUGUUUUUACGAGUGCUGUAUUAAAUUCAAAAGUAUUAUUUUAUUUAUUUAACUUUGAUAUGAAACAUGUAAAGGGGAACUUUAAGCCUGAGGCUAGAUUAUUGCCUCCACAAAGUAUUCGUUUGUUUUAUUAUUUCUUAAUUAUUGAAAAUAAAAGUAUUUCAUGAUAUUUGAAUGAAAUUAUGUUUUAUUUGGUUUUAUAUGUAGUAUUUGUAUAUAUAGGAGUUACUAGAAUAUUUUGUGCUCAAAUAGGGGAUUGUAGCCGGAUAGUGGAUUGUAAAGACAGACGAAAAUUAUUUUGAUUUUUUAGUAUUCGACUUAUAUAUUGCAUUUAUUUAUAACAUUCCAUUACGUUUGUAAAAAAGGUGAUAAUUAUGUUUAUUUAAUAACAGAGUGUGAUAGCAGUGACCGGAACAAAUACAGAGACAAUGGAAGCGAAAUAAUUAUCGCAUAAUUUUGAUUUAAAAAAAUUAUCUUAUUGGAUCGAUCUCACGUGAAGCUAAAUUGGACCUAAAAAUCACUAAUGCAUAAUAUAUUUAACUGUAUUUUUGUACCGGUAGUUGCUAUCACUCAGAUCAUAAUUUUUGUGAUAUUUCUCAUUGUUACUGUUGCGUAAAAAUACACGAUUAUUUUCCACGUUUUCUAAGUGUUUUUGAUUAUUAAAUAUACCAUUUUUAUUUUGUUUAGAUUAUAAGUAGAACACUAGUUGAAUUUGCAAUUGUAGUCAUUAGAUUAAUGUAAGCACAUUUUAUAAUAAAAAUAAUUGACCGGUGCAAUUAAGUUAUAAGAGAAUGCUAAAAGGGGUGGUUACUGGGUUUUUAUUCCUGUUAGAAGUCUAGAACUAAUGAAAAUACUGAAAAAUUUUAAUAUCUUUUAAUAACUCGCUUCUGAGCAGAAAUGAAACCCAAAUGUUGGUUGCCAAAAUGUAAAAAACCAAAAAAGUGUAUUUUUGUAAAUUGUUUACGAUCGCGAAAAUAGCUGUCAUUGAUUUCUGCAUCGUUACGUUACUAAUGCGUUGUCCGUCCCUGUGCGUACGUUAUUUUUGUUGUAAUCAUCGUAAUGAAAAUAAAUAAUGAAAUUAUA